AUGAGUUACCAAACAAAAUUAGUUCCUAAUAAAAGUCUUUCAAUUGUCAAAGCUUCGGGUAUUGUAAGAUCCCAAAGUCUAGACUCUCUUUUGAAUGUUAUUUUAACUAGAUUUUAUUACUAUGAUACUAUUCAAGAAUUAAACUUACCUGAAUUUGAAAAUAAAAAUGUAGUGCUUGCUACUGGAAAUUUUUGUAUCGUUGAAGGCACUGACCAAAAUAAUAAAAAAUAUCCUAUUUUAAAA